AUGAGCCGCCGCGUGGUGCGCCAGAGCAAGUUCCGGCACGUCUUCGGGCAGCCGGUGAAGGCUGACCAGAUGUACGAGGACAUUCGUGUCUCCAAGGUGACGUGUGACAGCUCCUUCUGUGCCGUCAACCCCAAGUUUGUGGCCAUCAUCGUCGAGUCCGGCGGUGGGGGGGCCUUCAUCGUCCUGCCUCUUGCCAAGACGGGACGGGUGGACAAGAACCACCCGCUGGUGACCGGACACACGGCGCCCGUGCUGGACAUCGACUGGUGUCCCCACAACGACAAUGUCAUCGCCAGCGCCUCGGAGGACACCACCGUCAUGGUGUGGCAGAUCCCCGACUACGUCCCCGUCCGCAACAUCACGGAGCCGGUGGUGACGCUGGAGGGACACUCCAAACGGGUGGGCAUCAUCUCGUGGCACCCCACCGCCCGCAACGUCCUGCUCAGCGCAGGCUGUGACAAUUUGGUGAUCCUCUGGAACGUGGGCACGGGGGAGAUGCUGCUGGUGCUGGAGGACAUGCACACCGACCUCAUCUACAACGUGGGCUGGAACCGCAACGGCAGCCUCCUCGUCACCACCUGCAAGGACAAGAAGGUCCGCGUCAUCGACCCCCGCAAGCAGCAGGUCGUGGCGGAGAAAGCCAAACCGCACGACGGCGCCCGCCCCAUCCGCGCCAUCUUCGUGGCCGAUGGCAAGAUCUUCACCACCGGCUUCAGCAAGAUGAGCGAGCGGCAGCUGGGCCUCUGGGACCUGAACAACUUUGAGGAGCCCAUCGCCCUGCAGGAGAUGGACACGAGCAACGGUGUCCUGCUGCCUUUCUACGACCCCGACUCCAGCAUCGUCUACCUCUGCGGGAAGGGUGACAGCAGCAUCCGGUACUUCGAAAUCACGGACGAGGCACCCUACGUGCACUACCUGAACACCUACAGCAGCAAGGAGCCGCAGCGGGGCAUGGGCUUCAUGCCCAAGCGCGGGCUGGACGUCAGCAAGUGUGAAAUCGCCAGGUUCUUCAAGCUGCACGAGCGCAAGUGCGAGCCCAUCGUCAUGACGGUGCCGCGCAAGUCAGACCUCUUCCAGGACGACCUGUACCCCGACACGCCGGGUCCCGAGCCGGCCCUGGAGGCGGACGAGUGGCUGUCGGGGAAGGACGCGGAGCCCAUCCUCAUCUCGCUGCGGGACGGCUACGUCCCCAUCAAGAACCGGGAGCUGAAGGUGGUCAAAAAGAAUAUCCUGGACAAUAAGCCCCCCCCGGGCCGCCGCCACAGCCACUCCACCUGUGACCCCAAUUUCUCUGUGAGUGUCCUGGGGAUUGGGGACGUCGUGGCAGGGGCUGGCUCCCCGCCUGCGGUGGGGUUGGAGGGGCUGGAGGGGGCUCCCCAGUGA